UUCUUCCCUUUGCCUUGGACUUUGGCUACAUUAAACAUUAUGUUUCCUACUGCUAUUCGUCUCUCCAACGCCGUGCGCGUCACUCUCUUCACCCGUGCGGGCUGUGGGCUGUGUGAUACAGCCAAACAUACUGUCACUCAACUGCACAAGCGACGUCCCUUCGAGUAUACUGAGACGGACAUUGCUCUUCCCAGCAACAAACCUUGGAAGGAUGUCUACGAUUUUGACGUGCCAGUACUACACGUGCAGACCGUAAAGCAGGACACCUCUCUCUCCGAUCCCAAGAAACUCUUCCAUCGGUGGACGGAGCAGGAGAUGGAGACGCUGAUUACCGAAGCCGAGAACAAGCAAUGUUAAUUCCACCAGUUCACAAAGCAAUCAGCAUUGAAAUCGGGACGCUAGCCGUUUCGAGCACGGCAUAGCUAGGUGGGCAGAACCAGCGCAACGACCAUCACCUGAAUCCGUGAAUCAGACGCGGUCAGCUAUUCUUGCCUGAC